AUGUCCCUGCACACCUCUCUCCGCCGCACAGCGGCCACGAUAACCAACUCAACCACCUCCAUCCUCCCAUCAAGGCUCCCCACCCAAUCGAGCACAACCUUCGUUUGCUCGCAAUGCCGACACGCAACUCUUCUCCGCCGCCCUAAGCGCCCCUACACUUUCACACAGCUCAUCACCCUCUCGGACGGCAGCACCUUCACGCACCGCACGACCUCGCCAGCCCCGGUCUACCGCAGCACGCGCGACACGCGCAACUCUCUCCUCUGGAACCCAUCCAGCAGCAAGCUGAUGAACGUCGAGGACGAUGAGGCCGGUCGUCUCGCUGCUUUCCGUUCCAGAUUCGGUCGCAGCUACGAUGCCAACACGCCUGUUGAAGAUGCCGCUAAGGACCCUGCUGCUGCUAAGAAGGCUGAGGCUGAUGCUAAGGCUCAGGAGAAGGCUGAACAGGAGGAGGAAGAUAACUUGCUCGAUUUGAUCAGUGAGUUUGGACAAAAUGAGGCGCCCCCGCCUCCGGAGAAGAAGGUCCUGAAGGUCCAGAAAAAGAAAUAA